AUGGCAUCCGUGCUUGCAGGGGGUGUUGUUAAAAAAGUUUGUGAGAUGGCCAUCCAACAAGCGGCUAAUCAGAGCAGAUUUAUGGAAAUCAAUGCUGUCUUAAAUGAAGCCGAUGAAGAGAGCAGUAGUCAAAAGGAGUCUGUGAGAAACUGGCUUCAUAGAGUUCGGGACAUUGCCUGGGAGGCAGAGGACAUACUCGAAGAAUUUGCUGUGGAUCAUUCUUUGUACGCUAGUAAGGCCCAGAGUUGUAGUCAGUUGAUUCUUCGUCAUAAAAUGGGUAGAAGAAUUCAAAAGGUCAAUGCCCGGUUGAGCUCAGUUGUUGCAGAUGGAAACCAACUGAAUAUAGUUCGUGCUGCGGUGGCUCACAAAGAGGAAGCAGAAUCAAGUACACCCCAUGGGCAACAGUUUAAAAGAUGGAGUAUCCUGCCCGGCGAUUCGAAGCCAGUGGGGAUACAGUCCAAGAUUGAAAGCAUGGUGAGUUUGCUGGAAAAUCCCGAAAUUCCAAUUAUUGAAGUGGUUGGAAUGGGGGGAAUCGGCAAAACCUAUCUUCUUCAGCAUGUCUACAAUGGUAGAAAAGAUUAUAGGUAUGACAAAUCUGCAUGGCUUUCAGUUUCUCAGUCCUAUUCUGUUUCCAAGUUGCAGCGAGAUUUAGCCUUUCAAUUAGAUAAAGACUUAAGGAAAGAAAUUACGGAGAGUGAAAUAAGUGAUAUGAUAGCAGCAGAGUUGAUUUAUCGCUUUAUACUAGAGAAGAGAUGUCUUAUUGUUUUAGAUGAUGUAUGGAGGGCUAGUAGAGAAGGUGAUUUGCUUACCAAACUUGGCAUACCAUCUGGAGGUAAUAGCCAAUCCAAAAUUCUGGUUAGCACAAGAAACAGAGUGGUCGCUGCAAAUCUCAAUGCUGAGAUCUAUGAGAUGGAACGUCUGACAGAUGAACAGAGUUGGCGGCUGUUUUGUGCUCACGCAUUUCCCAAGUCUGAGGAAAAUAGAGCGCCGGAGAACUUGGAGGAGGUUGCUCGUAAGAUCGCGAAGAAAUGUGGGGAGUUGCCACUUGCAAUCAAAAUCACAGCACUACAUUGCUAA